AUGCAAAAGACGAUCCUGAGGACACGGAUCGCCGGCCUCAAGUCGUACCACUUAAAACGGCCCUUGUUGUUUAACGUAGAGAGAUGCAUUCCUGGGCGAGUGCGACGCGUGCGGCGGGGUGACGAUGUGAUGUACAGCGGGGACCUUGCUUUGCAGUCCAGACCACAGCGGGAGAGCUUCUGGACCGCCAGAUACAGCGUGUUGGACUGUCGCAGCGCUGAAUGUUUGCCGGUGGUGGUUCGUUGCCGGCCGCUCAACGGGAAGGAAAAGCAAGAUGGCCGUGAGCGAAUUGUUGACAUGGAUGUGGAUGCCGGUCAGGUUAAGGUCCGCAACCCGAAGGCCGAUGCAAGUGAGCCUCCGAAAGCUUUUACCUUCGACCAGGUAUACGACUGGAACUGCCAGCAGCGUGAUGUGUUCGAUAUCACGGCGCGUCCGCUCAUUGACUCUUGCAUCGAGGGCUACAACGGCACCAUUUUCGCCUAUGGCCAAACCGGCACGGGCAAGUCGCACACCAUGGAGGGCAAGGAUGAGCCACCGGAGCUGCGCGGCCUCAUCCCCAACACGUUCCGCUACGUGUUCGAGAUCAUCGCUCGCGACAGCGGCACAAAGGAGUUCCUCGUCCGCUCCAGCUACCUGGAAAUUUACAACGAGGAGGUGCGCGACCUGUUGGGCAAGGACCACACCAAGAAGAUGGAGCUCAAGGAGAGCCCCGACCGUGGCGUGUAUGUCAAGGACCUGUCGCAGUUCGUGUGCAAGAAUUAUGAGGAGAUGUACAAGGUCUUGAAGGCGGGCAAGGACAACCGACAAGUGGGCGCCACGCUAAUGAACCAGGACUCGUCCCGUUCACACUCCAUCUUCACUAUCACCAUCGAAUGCAUUGAGAAGCUGGAGAGCGCCGCCGCGGCCGCGCCCAAGCCAGCCGCCAAGGGUGGCGACAGCAAUCACGUCCGCGUGGGCAAGCUCAACCUCGUCGACCUUGCGGGUAGCGAGCGCCAGGAUAAGACGGGAGCCACAGGUGACCGGCUGAAGGAGGGCAUCAAGAUCAACCUGUCGCUUACUGCGCUGGGCAACGUCAUUUCCGCCCUGGUGGACGGCAAGAGCGGCCACAUCCCCUACCGUGACUCCAAGCUCACCCGCCUGCUGCAGGACUCCCUGGGCGGCAACACCAAGACCGUCAUGGUGGCAAACAUUGGCCCUGCUGACUGGAACUACGACGAGACCAUGUCCACCCUGCGCUACGCCAACCGCGCCAAGAACAUCCAGAACAAGCCCAAGAUCAACGAGGACCCCAAGGACGCUAUGCUGCGGCAGUUCCAGGAGGAGAUCAAGAAGCUCAAGGAGCAGCUAGCGGCGCGCCAGGCUGGCGGUGGCCCUGUCCCGGUGGCGGCGCCUACUGGGGCCAGUCCCACACAGCGGGUUGUGGAGCGCACCGUUGAGGUGGACCCCGAUGUGGACGCCAUCAAGGAGCAGAUGCGCAAGGAGCUCGAGGCCAAGAUGCAGAUCGACAUGAGCACAGAGGCGCUGGAUAAGGCCCGUGAGGAGGCGGAGGCAGCGGCCAGGAACCAGCUGCAGGCUAUUAUCGAUGACCAGAGCAAGACGGAGGCACAGCGCAAAGCAGCGCGCGAAGCGCUUAAGAAGCAAGCGGAGGAAGCGCGAGCCAUCGCAGCGGCGAUCGAGAAGGAGAAGAAGGAAAAGGAGGAGCUGGAGGCGCGCAUCAAGGAGAUGGAGGGCAAGAUUGUGGUCGGAGGUGUGAACAUGCUCGAAAAGGUGGAUGAGCUCAAGCAACGCAGCGAGGACAUCAAGCGUGAGGCGGCAAUUCGAAAGCGCCAGGAAGAAGAGGCCAAGCGACGAUUGGAGGAGCUGGCCGCGGCCCAGAUGGAUGUGGAUUCUAAGUUCGCAUCCCUGGACGAGGAAAUUAACGUCAAGAGCCGGCAGCUGAAGAAGUUGUUCGAGAAGUACCAGGCCAAGAAGAGCGAGUUGACGGAUCUCCAGGAGCAAUUCCAGCGGGAGCGGGAGGGCAUGUUGGAGGACUACCGCAUUCUUACACAGCAGAUCAAGCUCAAGAACCUCAUCAUCGCCUGCUUCAUCCCGCCAGACUACCAAGACCGCAUUAUGCAGCACUGCCAUUGGCAGGACUACGACAGCACCUGGUCCAUCGACUGUAUCGCGUAUGCAGGCAACGCCAUCCGCACCAACCAGGAACUUGCGGCCCAGGAGCACGACAAGGAGCACGGCUCUGACAAUCCCGACAACGAGCGCCUUAAGAACUGCUUUUUCAGCUAUGCGCAAUUCGAGGAGGCGGGCGUCAACGGCCGACCAGGGACUGCUGGCAAGGCUCGGCCUGGAAGCGCCGCCGGGCGGCCACCAGGCAGCGCCGCGCGCCGCACUAUGGGCACAAAGCCCGGCGGCAAGGACCCCACGGACAUCGGCUCCCUGCGCGACUCGGUCAACUGGGGUGACGAGGAUGACAAGAAGAAGGCGGCGUUGCCAAAGGCUAAGGGUCUUAUUAAAGACACGGUCGACCCCCGGUUGCGCAGCAAGGCCAAGUAAAUGAAUUGUCUAGUUGUUGCUCUCGUGCCGCCGAGCGAUGUGCAGGAGCAAGCACGAGCGCGGGUGCAGGCCAACGGUUCGGCAUGCUUUGGACCUAUGGCUCUUCCCCGGGGGGUACGCUGUGGAGAGUUACCUCAGUGGUGACGCAGUAAUGGUGGCAGGGCCUGGAUUGGAUGGCAUGCAUCUUUCCGAGGAUCGGGCCCGGAGAUGAUUGUGAUUGCAUGGCCGCGGACUGCCGUUUGACCCAUUGCUUCGGUGCUUGCAGUAGCCUGUAAGGCAUGUCUGCCGAUCUUGUCGGCUUUUGUGUCUAGCCGUACCACACGCCUGUGCGCGCCGGGGGCUGGGCAUGCUGCCUGCGUGUGGCGGCGGGAGGAGAUUUCAUGUACACGAAUUUGAAUUGUGCUUGCGUGUCCGUGUGGUGGGUAUAUGUGACCUCGAUCUCUCUCCCGAGGGAUCACAAACCCCGUGGCCGCUGCUCUCGUCGGAACAUGGCAUAAACGGGGGCGUGACGGUGGAUGGUAGCCGCUGGUGGGUCGUCCUUGGGCCCAGGCUGUAGGACGCAGCUCCAUUUCCUACUACACAGUUCUUGUACAUACGAGUCCACGGCAGUGAACAGCAGGGACAGCAACUACAAAUAGUAAUUUACGACGCGGCGACGGUUUUGCGUGCGCUAUAUUGCGGUAUUCAUAUGAUGUGGGGUCACGCUAGACGCGCAGAGACAAUCUUGCGGGCAACCGGGUGCGCGUGCUGACGUGCGCACUAUGUUGCUUGGAUGCAUUAGCGUCGCACUUUUGGGGUGGAUGGAGCUGUGCUGGACGUGAUUCCAACACGCGAGGUAUGCAGUUGCGGCGCCAACAUUAACUAGCCGCUUUUGGUAAAUGGGGCAAUAAAAGGGCGGUGGUCUGGCUUGGAUCAGGGGCUAGUCUGUUACACCUCGCAGCCAGAUGCAUCAGGAUCGGGGGCGGUUGGGUGAGACGGACGGUUGGUAGGGCGAGCAGAUGAACGGCCGGAUGGUAUUGCAGGCAGCAAGGCAGGUGAUAAGCCGCGCUUUUGCCAUUUGAUCGCCUUGAAACAGCGGGGUAAUGAGGCGCGUCAUGAGGCGCAGGUGGUCGCCUGUGGAUUCUUUGGAAUAGAGCAGACGCCGUAGUUGCUCACCCAAACAUGCCUUGCGCGCUGAAUCCUGACAUGGCGUGCGAAGGAUAGCUUGGCUGGGCGCUGGGGCACGUCAAGGGUUGACGUCCAGAUAGCGGCGGCGUACAUUUGCCCUUGUUUCCGCAUCGCCCUGCAACAUGGGCUGCAAGGCAUGUAACGUAAUCUAGCAACUGG